CCUUGGCUUGGCUUGGACCGAGCACGUUGAGGACGCGACCUCAUCCGAAUACUUCCAUCCCAGUGCAGUAGUUAAUGGCAGAUCUCGUUGCUCACAGUACGGUGCGAGGUGUAGCGCGUAAGAAGGCGGUAGAGGCGUGCGAAAGAUGUCGAGGCAAGCGUAUCAAAUGUGAUGGUCUCCAGCCGUGCAACCAGUGUGUAAAGAAAAGUCUCCAAUGCGACUUCACAAUCGCACCUUUACAAAAAACAGGUGGAACUGAGGCUCUUGCGGAGAGGCUUGACCUUGUUCUUGCGCGACUCGAUCAAAUUGAGAAAAGGUUGAGUCAGCAAGGCACCAGCAGUACAAUUCCCUCCAGCCAACCGGCAAUAGCAUCGAAGCCCCAGCUGUUCGCUUUGCGCCCACAGACCCGUGGUAUAGUCAAACUCAAUCAGCAGACCGGAUGCUUUGAGUAUUACGGUCGAACCUCGACUUUCCAGAUAGCGUCCACACUCGGAAAGACUUUUGACCAUCGAAAUGAUGCAGCAAUAGACCCACCAUCCAAGAAGCGAAGGCUUGAUUCGAGUCCUCCGGAGUCGCCUAAUACAGCUCACAAGACAUUGGAUUUGGAUGAACUCACGAGCUUUUGUGAUUACGUUGUUCCACCACAUGCUUUGCGUGGUGAUAGACGUCUUCAGGUCCAUGUCGCUGACAGGCACCUUGAGAAUUUCUUCCGCACGAUUCACAUCUUUCUGCCCAUCCUGGAUCAAGCGCAUCUCAAGGCGAGGUACAAUGCGUUGCGGAGACUAUUUGGAGACAAGCAACUCACCUUCGCAACGUCCGGAGAACCCAAUCGGCCACAGUUUGUGUGCCUUUUGUAUUCAAUCUUGGCAUUAGGCGCUCUAUAUGAAGAUGAUCAAGAUGACAGCUGCGUAUGGGCGUCUUGGUACUUCGCCGAAGCACAAAGCAUGCUUGGGCGUCUACUGGACGCGAGCAAUCUGGAUCUGGCUCAAGCAGCAACAUUUCUUGGAGCAUACGCGCAGCAUGCGAUUAAACCAAAUUUGGCUUACAAUCUUAACGGCAUUGCAGCGCGAUUGGGAUACUCAAUUGGUCUGAAUGUCGAAUCGUUGCAUCGUACUUUGGGAUUUGACAGGGAAGAAGCUAAGCGAACUUGGGCGAUGAUCUAUAUACAGGAAGUCGAACUCAGUUUAGACGCGGGCAGACCUAUGUCAGUGCGUUCUUCGGACAUGGAAAUGAAUUACCCAACUGUACAACUACCAGCUACACAUGAGUCGCGAACAGAUCUUGCACAGGUUGUCUUCAUCUCCCAUCUGGCAAGAUUCUCCAAGAUUGUAAGGACGAUAUUGAAGCUGUCGGAUAUUCAUGAAGAACGGCCUGUCUUGCUUUUAGAAGAGCGGGAGUCGUUGCGACAACAGCUCGAGCAUUGGCGAGACUCUUUACCGUCUUACUUAAGCAUUGAGAGCAACAGUAGCGAGAUCCCUGAUAGUGGAGACGCCAGUCUCUCCUUCCUUCGUGACUGGAGAGCAAGACAGCAAAGUAGCCUCAGAAUCCAUUUUAACUUAGGAAACAUUAUACUACUGAGAGGCGCAGUGAACGCCAAAUUUGAUUUGGAUUCUGGCGCUGCUGAUUGUCCAUUGAUGGCUAUGCACCGCAGAAUCUGUCUCGAUGCCGCUCGUGACAUGAUCAUGCAUAUUCAUCGAUCGUUCGAAAGAGCUCCAGAGCUAAGGCGCUGGGGCUACUACACUUUCUAUACUCUGCAAGCCAUCCUGGUCUUACUGCCACAAUCGAACGACUUCAGCCCAGAGGAUGAUACAGCAUGUUUGCAUGCUGUUGAGAUCUUUGAAAAGAUCCCUCUGAAGGCUUCGCAACGCUGUGCAGAAGUAGUACGUCAAUACCUUCGUCGUCGCGUCCAGUCCAAAGCGAAACGGCAAAGAGUACAUGUUGCCCACGAUGCUACGUCCACGGAUGCGAAUCCUCCGGAGCCUUUGUAUACCGACGAAGUCUCUGCACAAGUCCAGGCACCAGAGUUGCAAGAUCUAAGCAGAUCCCCAACGCGAGACAAUAGUCAUCACUCGGGGGGCGUUUCAAAUCUGGAGAACAGCCUUUCGUGGACUUCGGUGUCUCCAAAUACGCUCCAGACCGAAAUGUAUAGCGCACUUUACAGUCAUGAUUUGACCAACGACUUUUACUCUGGGCAUCAACAAUAUUUCUUUGGCUCCACGGGAUUUCCAAGUAUCAUUCUAGAAGACAACAACAACAACUACUGCUAUAACAACAACAGCAACAACAACGACAUUAACAAUACUAGCGAUUGGUUCGAAUUUUGGAACAGAUAGCAGAGUAAAAACCAUCUCCUCCUGUGACCGAUAUCGCGACAAGUG